AUGUACAGCAAGAAAUCCUGGGGCGGCUCGGUAGAUCCAUUUAUCCUCGUCAAGUUCUUUCCAGACCACACCGAAGGCGACAGCGAUCCUGUCGCAAGUGUUAUUAUAUUUGAGUGGCAGGAUGAAGGAUUGAUAGGGAGGCGCCCGCCCGGAGAAGACUCAUAUCUCGAGACUAUAUGCAACACCGACACUGUCAAUGCUGGCAUGUGUACCACCGAAGAAGUAGGCUCCUAUAUACUACAACCGAAUGCGACCGAGUUGUCCAAGAGCCCGAUCAUAAAUGAGGCCAUCCACCUCAAGGACCCCAAAGCACUCAACUACCCUAUCCGCCGCACUGGGUAUUAUUGUGUCUCGACAUACGCCUUUUCAAGUAGCGACUAUGGAGCGGUUGUUGAGUUCAGGAAUGCUUACGGAGAGCUUCCGGCGGCGCAGAUAGCAAAACUACCAUUCUAUGGUGGACUCACCAUCGUCUAUGCUGUCCUCGGUGCUUUCUGGGCAUUUCUCUACGUACAGAACCGUUCUGACAUCCUUCCAGUACAGAAUUAUAUCACAGCGACGCUGGUCUUCUUGAUCAUUGAGCAGCUGAUGACUUGGGGUUUCUAUGACUACCAGAAUCGACACGGCAACAACGCACUGAACAAGGCUUUCAUGGUCAUUGUCUCCAUCCUCAACGCUGGAAGAAACUCCCUGUCUUUCUUCCUUCUUCUGAUCGUCUGCAUGGGCUAUGGUGUGGUAAAGCCUUCAUUGGGCAGGACGAUGAUCUAUAUCCGCAUACUCGCUAUUGCACACUUUGUCUUCGGUGUCAUCUACGCAGUUGCCUCGAUGGCAGUCACUCCAGAAUCUGUUGGACCACUCAUCCUCUUCGUGAUUCUGCCACUUGCAGGCACAUUGACAGCGUUCUAUGUCUGGACAUUGUCCUCAUUGAAUCUAACUAUCAAAGACUUGGUAGACCGAAGACAAAAGACCAAGGCGCUCAUGUACAAAAAACUAUCAUGGUGUAUCUUAGGCUCGAUUCUGGUCAUUUUUGCCUUCUUCUUCGUCAACAGCUUCGCCUUUGCUGGAAGCAGUGAGGCGAAUUUCAUUCCAGAGCACUGGCAAACACGGUGGUUUGUUCUUGAUGGCUGGCUCAACCUGGUGUAUCUUUUCGAUAUCGCAUUUGUUGCGUAUCUGUGGCGUCCGACAGCCAAUAAUAGGCGGUUCGCAAUGAGUGAUGAGUUGGCGCAAGACGAUGACGGCUUUGAGAUCCGUAGUAUUGCCGAUUCUCUGUCGGACGACGAAGAGCAGGCGCGCAAAGAUGAGGAACGCGCUGUUCCUCCAUCGGGAGACGCUUCCACCUCUUUGAGUAACGCGGUCAACAUCGCACCACCAAGGAAAUCCUCUCCGGCGCCUGCCCAACAAAACAGCAGUAGGGCGCCACCACCGCGGCCAAGGGAAUCGCUUGAUGGUGAGACUAUCUUUGCGGUAGGCGACGAUGGAAUGGAGUGGAGUGAAGGCGAAGAAGAAGACGACACGGACGAUGAAACGAGGAAAUUAAAUCGCAAGGACACGAGGAACUUCACCUAG